CGUGAUAAGGCUUGAUUAUUGUUGUUCUUGUGACUAGAUUGAUACAUUAUCAUUAUUUUCAAAUUUAUUCGACAUUACGAACAUAGAAGUCAUUAUAAUUUGAUUAAUAUUUUGGAUAGUUCAUCUGAUAUGUGUUAGUUGAGUUAAAAGAGUGUAAACUGCUGGUGUAGGGUUCAAUAUAUGGUAAGGCUUGGUUGUUGUUGUUGUGACUAGGUUGAUGCAUUUUCAUGAUUUUAGGGAUCAAAGUUGAAUAUAUUUAUAGGUGUGAACUGAUUCCUUCUGUUUUGUUUUUACUUUUAAUUAUUUAAUUAAUUCUUUUUGGAAUCUACUUUUUUUAGUUGAGAAUCAUUUUUGUUUUGGAAUGGGAAUCUGCCAUUUGUUUUGUAUCAGUGGUUGUGGUUGAUUAUGAGGAAUAUGAUGCUGCAAUUUAUAUUCAGUUUGUUCUGUUGGCUCUUUAUAUAUGUAAAAUCUUUUGUGUUUCUCUUUGCAAUAAGUGUAAAACUUGUUUCAGUUUUAUGAAAGAUGCUAUCAAUGGAUGUAAUUUAUGGUCAAGAAGAUAAUAUUGCUGAGUAUUAUCAGCAACAGGUUGAAGUGCUUGAGGGUUUUACUGAAAUGGAUGCCUUAGCAGAGCGUGGUUUUAUUCCCGGAAUGUCAAAGGAGGAGCGAGACAAGUUAGCUAGGAGCGAGACGUUUGCCAUCAGAAUAUCGAACAUAGCAAACAUGGUUCUUUUUACAGCCAAAGUUUACGCAUCAAUCAGAAGUGGUUCUCUAGCCAUCAUUGCAUCCACUUUAGACUCUCUGCUGGAUCUCCUUUCGGGAUUCAUCUUAUGGUUCACUGCAUUCUCUAUGCAAACACCGAAUCCAUAUCAGUACCCUAUUGGCAAGAAGCGGAUGCAACCAUUGGGAAUUCUCGUUUUUGCCUCUGUCAUGGCAACACUGGGACUGCAAAUAAUUUUGGAGUCCGUCCGUACAUUAAUAUACUCUGAUAAUACCUUCAACUUGACCAGGGAUCAAGAGUGCUGGGUUGUGGGUAUUAUGCUUGCAGUCACUUUGGUGAAAUUCAUGCUAAUGGUUUAUUGCCGAUCUUUUACUAAUGAGAUUGUUAAGGCUUAUGCUCAGGAUCACUUUUUUGAUGUGAUCACUAAUUUGAUUGGCCUCAUUGCUGCACUUCUGGCCAAUUAUUUUGAUGAUUGGAUGGAUCCCGUCGGUGCUAUCAUUCUGGCUAUAUACACAAUCCGCACAUGGUCAAUGACGGUGUUGGAAAACGUGAACUCCUUGGUUGGAAGAUCAGCUGCACCAGAGUAUCUUCAGAAACUUACAUACCUUUGCUGGAACCACCACAAGGCUGUAAGGCACAUUGACACCGUUCGGGCUUACACAUUCGGGUCUCACUAUUUUGUCGAGGUUGAUAUCGUCCUACCAGCAGGCAUGCCUUUGCAAGAGGCUCACGAUAUAGGUGAAUCAUUGCAAGAGAAGCUUGAACUCUUGCCUGAGAUCGAGCGUGCUUUUGUUCAUCUUGAUUAUGAGUACAGCCACAAACCUGAACACGCUCAAGCUCAUUCUUAGCAGCAAUAUGGAAAAGCAAUGUCAACUUGUGUAUUUCAGUUGUGCUUUUCCUUCUGUCUUGGAUGUAAAUGUGAACAAUUUAGGUAGAUUUGAAUCUGUACUGACUGUAGAAUUGGAUUUGGGAUAUGUUGUGAAGCCUAUGAUGCAAGGAAAUUGUGUAUCUCCACUUUCCUACUUUAUAUUUCCCUUAUUACUGAGGUUUAUGGGGGGUUAUUUAUGAGGUGUGUAAAUAAGAUAUUACCUGCUAAUGUGAAUUUCUUUUUCCA